AUGGAACAGUUGGGGCAAGAAUCUGCAGCUGCGCAUUCUUGGCUUGAUGAAAAAGAUCCCAAAACUUGGUGUAGAGCCCAUUUCAGAUGUGGAUUGGAUUGUGAUAUUUUGGUGAAUAACAUGUGUGAGUUCUUUAAUGCAGUAGUUUUAAAGACCAGGUCACUACCAAUCAUAUCCAUGCUGCAGACCAUUUAUUUGUACCCGCUGAAAAGGAUGGAGAGGAACAGGGAAGCAAUGUCCAAGCACGAACGUCUCCUUUUUCCAGCAACAUUUGAGAUACUCAAGUAUCAGAUAAGCUGUCCAUUUGGGGAACAGUACAUUGUUGACAUGGCUGCCAAAACCUAUUCAUGUAGAAAGUGGCAAUUAAGGGGAAUACCAUGUAGCCAUGCUGUAGCUGCCAUCAACAGGAGACAUGAAGCACCAGAGAAGCAUGUUUCCAACACCUACUUGAAGAUCACAUAUCUACAAAUUUAUGAACUUGUACUUAAUCCAAUCAAUGGUCCUAAUUUGUGGGAGCACAUAGACCUUCCAGCAAUAAAGCCUCCGACUUACAAAAGAUCUACUGGAAGGCCAAAGAAGAUGACAAAAAAGGCUUCAGAAGAAGAAAGACGGGACAGCUGUGUCAAUCCAACUAAACCUCACAAGGUUAGAAAGGUUGGCACCAUGAUGAGCUACAGCCGCUGUAAAAAAUACGGACAUAACAAAAGAGGAUGUCUGGAUAAAAAUAAGCAAACCACUGAGGGUACAAGUACAAGUUCAGUAAAGGAGAACAGUGAUAUUAGAGAUACAGGUCCAUCUAUGCAGCCAAGUACUAAAGAGGCUUGUCCAAGUGAUGUGACCGUUGACAUACUUGGAGUAAGUACGCAACAGAGUCUGUGA